AUGACAGCCGUGAAAUCAUGUCCCAACAGAAUUCGAAUAGGCCGGCCGGGAACUGGCGAUUGUUCAGUUCGAUAUCUUCGCGCCAUGAACUCUCUCCUUGGUCUCAUAAUCCUUUUUGGUUUUGGUCUAUUAAUGCUUGUCCAAUCUCAGCCCUCCAAGUCCGACAAGGUCACAUACAAACCACCUCCGAAAGAAUCCGAGCCACCAAAAAAAACAGCGACAUCUUCCGGUAGCUCUGUUAAUGGCAGCGCUAUCGAUCUCUGCUCCUAUGAUGAUGGUCGUGCAAGUUGCGGAAGCUCAUAUUUUCGCCGCCGCAAUACCAGGCCCCUCAACUCACAUGCCAUUUAA